AUCAUUCUUGUCAUAAUUUACGAACUACGAAUGGAUUUAUUGUUAGUGUUAACUGGAAACUAUUGAAGUGAAAUAUCUUUGUAACUAACUGUGAAUAAUUUAAUUGUAAUACUGUAUUAUAAUCUCCUACUAAUUGUGAGUAAUUGUGAUAUAAUCUUUAACCAAGUAUCUGAAUUACUGCGUCUUGAAAUUCCAAUACUCUUCGAAAUGUGCAGUUCAACCUCAAUCGCUAAAUUUAAAGAACGCUUUCUUCUAGCAUCAGAAAAUGGAUUCAGCUACGAUUGUGAAUUCAUUGUUGGGCCUGAAAAAAAAGUAUUUGAAGGACACAAAAUGUUUUUUUCGCUGGCUAGUGAAGUGUUCAGAGCAAUGUUCUACGGUGACCUGAAGGAAGACAACGCUGUCAAAAUUGAAGAUUUGGAUGCUGACGGAUUUGAAGCCAUGAAGUAUUUCAUCUAUACAGUUCCAGGAUGGAUUACAACAUAUUUUUCAUUUUUGUAGCCGUAUUUGGACUUCAAGAUUCUGAGGUGACAUCCAUGAUGCUCCCGGGAAUGCGUUAUCCAGGCAUGAUGAUGGGUCGCCCCAUGGGGAUGACUCCAUAUGGAGUUCCACGUCCCAUGGGAGUUAUGCCCAUGACUCCCAGGAUUCCAGGGAUGGUUGGAGGGGGUUUACUCCCUGCCAAUCCGAUGCUAGGGGUGGGGAUGGCAACCGGAGGAGCCGUCAUGUCGACAGCGUCCGGACCCGGAGUGUCUCCUGCAAUGACCCCUUAUUGGCUCCCCCAAUAUUGGUCCAAAGAAGUCAUGCAAAUUAGGAAUUCCCCAUUACUGGAUUAUCAGCUAACAUCGCUCAACAACGAUUUUUUGAUAUUCAACGGCAUGAUCCCGGAAAGCAAUCUGAACUUGGCAGACAUUGACAGAGAACUCACAGAAUUAAACAAUCUGUUCCUUGAUUAUUGGUUCAUGAACAUGAACAAGGAUCAAAAAAGACCUCACAGGUUACAUUCUUCCUCCAGCUCGUCCUCUACCUCUAGCUCGGCCUCUACCCCUGGCUCGUCCACGACCUCUAGCUCGGCCUCUACCUCUAGCUCAGUUACUAGUUCAGAUGCUAGUGACUCAGGAUCUGAUACAAGUAGACCCAGCAGAUCAGUUAGUAGUCCUGAAGUUAAUAAGAAGAAACACAGGAGACAUUGAAUGGAUCACCCAGUAACCAAACUCCAAUUUACGACGCUCUUAAACGGAAUUUCAAUUGUUCAAAUUAUCUGUCAACGGUUUAAUGUUAAUGUACUGGUAGCCUAUUCGACAUGGUUUAAACAGAGAAUGAUCGGAAAGUCACGCAUAUCAAUACGUACAUCAUAAGAUAAUGAAGUAGUGAAAUGUUUUUUCUAAACUUUAUUCAUUAUUAGUACAUGCAAACACAAUAAUUACUUAAAACAAUAAAAACACAAAUACUCGAAAUUGCUGCAUUUUUCAGUUAUUCAUGCAUGAACUCUUUUUAUCAUAAUUUGAUUGUAUGGUAUCAUAUGUUGUGGUAUUUCUCCUUAAUUGAAAGAAACUGUUUAUAGCAUAAUUUUCAUGAUAAGGUAUAUAUUUUUCAGAGAUUCUCUGUAAUAUUGAAAGUUUAUUCUUUUAUCAUUCUUGAGGAUUUUCAAGAUUUAUUAAUUUUUUUUUGUUGAUUUAUGGAUGUGUUUUUCAGUGAUGAACAUGAUGAUAUUAUUUUAAAUAUGACUAAUCAAUAUCAAUACUAGAGAAAAAUUGAACCAAUAUUAUACUGAGAAAAUUAUACUUUAAGACUGUUUUUAUUCUGUGUAAAAAUAUGUUCUAAUAUCAGAGUUUUAAAAUUUUUGAAAAAUGGUAGAAGUAAAUUCAAAGGUGUUCCUGAUUUAAAACAUAUUAAUUCAGUAAUAUCAAUAACCAAGAUUGAUCUAUACUCUCAGAUUCAUUUAUAAAAUAGCAUUAUAGUACUCUUUUUACUUUCCUUGCCCUAUUACCAUAGGUAAGGAAAGUAUUGCUUUCCAAAAAAAUUUAAGGUACCCUAAUUUCAUGUUUUCUAUACGUUUCAAGGUCCCCUGAGUCCAAAAACAUGAUUUUUGGGUGUUGGUCUGUGUGUGUGUGUGUGUGUGUGUGUAUGUGUGUGUGUAUGUGUGUGUGUGUGUGUGUAUGUGUGUAUGUCUGUGAACACGAUUACUCCAUUCCUAAUCCACCGAUUGACUUGAAAUUUUAAACUUAAGGUCCUUAUACCAUGAGGAUCCGACAAUAAGAAAUUCAACAAAAUUCAAUUCAAGAUGGCGGAAAAAAUGGCGGAUAAUUACUAAAAAACCAUGUUUUUCACGUUUUUCUCGAAAACGGCUCUAACGAUUUUCCUCAAAUUUAUACCAUGGAUAGCUAUUCAUAAGCCCUAUCAACUGGCAUGAGUCUCAUUUCUGGAAAAAUUUCAGGAGCUCUGUAAUAUUCUUGAGAAAAAUGGCGGAUAAUGACUAAAAAACCAUGUUUUCACGGUUUUCUUGAAAACGGCUCUAACGAUUUCCUUCAAAUUUAUACCAUGGAUAGCAAUUCAUAAGCCCUAUCAAAUGACAUGAGUUUUUUUUCUGGGAAAAUUGCAGGAGCUCCGUAAUAUUCUUGAGAAAAAUGGCGGAUAAUUACUAAAAAACCAUGCUUUUCACGAUUUUCUCAAAAUUGACUUGAUCGAUUUCUUUCAAAUUCAUACCCUGUAUAGUUAUUUAUCAGUUCUAUCAACUGGCAUGAGUCUCCUUUCUGGGUAACCAAAGGGGGGGUCCACCCCAUCCUUGGGAAAUGGACUUAGUAACCUCCUUCUCGUGCAUGAGGUAGGUAGGUAGCGCAGUUCAUAAAAAGAACUCACUCAUAGUCGAGAUAUUUCAUCUGUAGAGCAGCUGUUUUGACGACUUUAAAAAAAUGACGACUAAAAAAAUCAUUGAAUUUCACAAUUCACACAAAGAAAAAGUACUCUGAAAACAAUUAUAUAUAUAUAAAGAAGUCUGAUCGUAGUUUCAAAUAUGAGCAAGGAAAGUUGUGUGAGUGUACCACACCAGAUUUUUUUUAAAUUAAUAUAAAAUAAUAAAUUGAAAACACAAAUUGAAACUAGGCUACUAGCUUCAAUGUUCCACAUCAUCUUCAGGUUUUAAAAAUAAAAAUAAAACUAAUACAUUAAAACUAGUAGUUUUAAUUUGUGUUUUUAAUCUAUUAUUUUAUAUUUAUUUAAAAAGGGUACUACAAUUCUAUUUUAUAAAUCAAAAUGAGUAGCCCGGAAUGCAUACAUCUCAAAUUUAUAUUAGUUGUGUAGUUCAAAUUCAAGUAACAUAGUUUCAUUCACGAAUUGUAUGUAUAUUUAGUAAUGGUGGUGGGUUUUAGAAUAAGCUUUUCACAUUAUAUUUAUAUGUGAAUGAAUAAAUAUUAAUGCAUGAA